UCCGCAAUUCCGCACACAGAGAAAGGAAACAAGAAACAAGGAACGAAAAUUAUGUGAAUUUGUGCAGUGUUGCAAAUACGAACGUGUAAACUGUCCCAAUGCCGACAAAAACGAGGAAAGGCUUGCUGAGAAAGAAACUAGCAGCGGAGCGAUCUUGAAGUCCGGUUUUAUGAUCAACAAGGUCCGCGAGCCGGAAGUGUAGCGGAACCCUAUUUAUGUCUGGGUACAUUGUAAGCAAACUUUUUUUUAUUAUUACAUUUUUGUUUUUUGUUUGUUUUGGGAUUUGUGAGGUGGGAGUGGAUUGACUUUAGUGCGAGGAGUUGACUGAUGGAACCGAUGGAACGGUGUUUAUUAGUUUGAUCAUGAAUUGAUCAGCGUUGGGUUUGAUUGAUUAAGCUGAGCGACAUACUCGGUUGGACUACUCUACAAGGACGGGCGGUGUCAUCCCCCUAUCAAAAGCGAGACGCCCUUUGUGAGACAACAUUCACGAUGCUGCUGAUCCUCGACGACGACCACAAGCAACACCUCCACUUCAUUCGCGGCGUGGACGUCGCGGUAGCCCGGGAAUUCUGCAAAAUCGCCAACGAGUUCCUCCUCCGCGGCGUCAACCCCAAGGUGUACCACUCCGCUGCGCAGAAGCUCCAAGUCGAAGACGACGUCGUGCAGAACGCCGUGGAGGGCAUCUCGCACCUCCUCAGCCAGGCGGCCAAGUUCAAGCUCAGCGAACAGCAGUUUCAGGAAUCGCUUCUGCUGCUCAGCCUCCCCGAGCCGGUGUGCCAAGACUUGGUCGGCUAUCAUGUCGAGAACGAGAAGGGGCUUCGAAAACUUCUUAGCAGGAAGGCCAUUCCGUGCUGGAGCUUCUCGGGUCUCGAGUGGCGACUGGAAGCCGAGGUAGCUAGGCGCUGCAUCAAGUCUCAUGUCCGGCCCCUGGUCACCUUCAGGCUCAAGCUCAAGAAGGAAGACGGGGAGAGCCUAGAAAUCGUCCUCCAGACCGAUCCUUCGAACCUUAUUCAUAUGACAGAGUCGCUGGAGGAAGCGCUUCAGUGUGUUAAAUCGCAGCAUAUGCGCAAGAUUGUCAAACACGUCAAAUAAUGCUGUUUUCCUAAUUUGGAGUUUGUUUCCUUCGGACCAGAUUCGUGCUUUCGGUUUUUGUCGAGUCCUUACACUACGCGCAUAUAUGCCCUAAUAAAUUGAACAGUUUAUAGGUGCCUAGCUUCAAUUCAUGCCGUCAAAAGUAUUUGCGUACUGCAGAGUCGUUCGGCAAAGGUUGUUAGAUUGUAAACUUUUGGGUAAACCAUAGUUUAGGUUUCAGGCACAGCAACAUGUUACUUACGUCUUCAUUCACUCGAUAAAGCUUAAUAUCGAAGUGCAUGUUCAUCUUGAAAUCCACUGCUUGUGAAAUUGGUUAUAAAACUUGUGUAACAAACACUGUUGGGCCAUCUAGGUCUGUCACUUGUAACAUUUGUCAUGCAGUAACAGCUAUGUAAAUGCUUUUCGGGUUUUUAUGUUCAUUGCUUCUGCUUUUCCAGUCAAAAUUA